GCAUAUGGUCAUAUCAUAAACAACAUAAUCUCGAUGGUCUGGCCGCAAGAAAACAUAAACAAAUCAAUAUUUAAGGGACUUCUUCAAGACUAUUAAAGAAAAUCAAAAUAAAAUCUAACCAUGAGUUGCAACUACGCGGAUGGACUGUCAGCCUACGACGACAAGGGAAUCCUGGGUGCGCCCGAGAGUUUCGACAGCGAUGAGGUGGUGACCGAAAAGUGCCAGGAACUUGCUGAUUUGAUCAAGAAGUCCGGACACGUUGUUCUUCACACUGGAGCAGGGAUCAGUACAUCGGCAGGAAUCCCAGACUUCCGGGGACCCAAAGGCGUUUGGACCCUGGAGGAGAAGGGCGAAAAACCAGACUUUAACGUCUCCUUCGAUGAAGCCAGACCCACGAAGACCCACAUGGCAAUUAUAUCUCUGAUCGAGAGUGGCUAUGUGCAGUUUGUUGUUUCCCAGAACAUAGAUGGACUGCAUCUGAAAUCCGGACUGGAUAGGAAAUAUCUCUCCGAGUUGCACGGCAACAUUUACAUCGAACAAUGCAAAAAAUGCAGACGCCAAUUUGUCAGCCCUUCUGCUGUGGAAACAGUGGGGCAAAAAUCCCUGAAACGUCCCUGUAAAUCUUCUAUGGAUAGUAAAGGUCGGAGCUGCAGAUCGGGUAUUCUACACGAUAAUGUUCUAGAUUGGGAACAUGAUCUGCCCGAGAACGACCUAGAAAUGGGCCUGAUGCACUCCACAAUCGCCGACUUAAAUAUUGCUCUCGGAACCACUCUGCAAAUCGUUCCCAGUGGUGAUCUUCCCCUGAAAAAUCUCAAACGCGGUGGUAAAUUUGCCAUUUGUAACCUACAACCUACAAAACACGACAAAAAGGCAAAUUUAAUCAUAUCCAGCUAUGUGGAUGUGGUUUUGUCCAAGGUUUGCAAAUUGUUGGGUGUCGAGAUCCCCGAAUACUCGGAGUCCUCUGAUCCUACCAAGCAGUCUAAGCCAAUAGAGUGGACCAUACCAACUAAUAAUGUAAAUAUCUUUCACAAAAAGUAUAGGACACAUGUGAAAGACUCGAAAAUUGAAUCUAAAGCCAAGAAAACUAAAUAUAAGUAAGUUUAUAAAAAAAACCUUAUUUAUGUAGAAGACAACCGUAUUCUUUUCUAAAGAAAAUAAUAUUCUAAAAAAUGCAUUUAUCCAUACUGACUCGAAAUGUAAAUUAAUUUAUUACCCUAAAUGUACAUUAUCUACUUUAAAAGUCCCAUCCUAUUUUGUUAGCGCAAUGCCACAUUUACUGAAGAAGUUAAAUGUUUAGGAAUAGUAGAAAAAUAAAUUUUAUACGAAAAGGUA